CCGGUAGCUAGCGAGCUACUAAUGUCAAUACAAAGAGAAUUAGCUGUUUCUCUCAGUUUGUGUCUGUGGAGCUGUGAUGUGCACGUGACAAUUUAAGAGUCUGGUGUGUUCUCAGGUGCAGAUUGUGUGUAAUGUGAUCCAGCUUCCUCCUGUACAGAGAUUUUCCCAUCAUGUCCGUGUCAGUGAUAAUAAAGUGGGGAGGACAGGAGUACUCCAUCAGCGCUUUGUCUGAAGAAGACACGGUGUUGGACCUGAAACAGUCCAUUAAAUCCCUCACUGGAGUCCUGCCUGAGCGCCAGAAGCUGCUGGGACUGAAGAUCAGAGGUAAACCAGCUGACGAUGACAUCAAGCUUGGCCUCCUGAAGCUUAAACCCAACACCAAGAUUAUGAUGAUGGGAAGCAGAGAGGAAAGUCUGGAAGAUGUCCUGGCUCCUCCUCCUGAAAGUGAUGAUGUCAUCAAUGACUUCGACAUCGAAGAGGAGGUGAUCGAAGUGGAAAACAGAGAGGAGAACCUGGCUAAGAUCGCACGCCGCAUCAAAGACUACAAAGUGGAGGAGAUAAGCCCGCCCAGAGAGGGGAAAAGAUUACUCGUGCUUGAUGUCGAUUACACGCUGUUCGAUCACAAGUCGUGUGCAGAGACGGGGCAGGAGCUCAUGAGGCCGUUCCUCCACGAGUUCCUCACGUCUGCGUAUGAAGACUACGACAUCGUCAUCUGGUCUGCAACAAGUAUGAAGUGGAUCGAGGCCAAAAUGAAAGAGCUGGGUGUGUCUGAUAACCCUAACUACAAGAUCACCUUCAUGCUGGACAGUGGAGCCAUGAUCACAGUACACACACCUAAAAGAGGCGUGGUGGAGGUGAAGCCGCUGGGAGUGAUCUGGGGAAAGUACAGAGAGUUUUACAACAGAAAGAACACCAUCAUGUUCGAUGACAUCGGGAGGAACUUCCUGAUGAACCCACAAAACGGACUGAAGAUUAGACCGUUCAUGAAGGCACACUUAAACCGUGAGAAAGACAAGGAGCUUCUGAAACUGUCUCACUACCUGAAGGAGAUCGCCAAGCUGGACGACUUUUCGGGUCUCAACCACAAGCACUGGGAAAGGUACCUCUCAAAGAAGCAGAGCCAGUGAAGCAGCUAGAACAUUCAUCCUCAAGAACAAACCAACACCAAACACCUCCUACUCUCUCUCUCUCUCUCUCUCUCUCUCUCUCUCUCUCUCUCAGUGCUCUCUUUAUCGUCACACUCGGGAUAAAACAAGCAGCACCUGUAGUGCGAGCGUAGCAGUCUUCCCUCUCUUCUUCGUCUCUCCUUUAAGGUCCUGAACGCUCAGCCUGUCCCGGGAAAAGAGACGUUGUGUAUAUAUACAGUAUAGAUAGACAUACACAAGUGACAUCGUGAAAAAAAAAUUAAUCAUGUUAGAAGUCCAUCGUACAAAUAUCCCGAGCACUUCUUUACGUUUCGGAGGUGAAGGUCGCUGAUCAGUUCUGUGUUUUUCCUCCAGUCUGACACCAUGCUGAAGAAGACCAGGUUCAGUUUUGGGGACUUUUUGUGUAACAGACGGGGGGAAAAGCUUUUACAUGGCAACAUGUGACAUUAAAACAUGCUGAUGUUGGAAAAGCAGAACGGUUCGAACAAGGCAAAAUAACAAAACAGAAUUCAUGACAACUUGCUUACAAACACAAAACAAAAAACUCAACGACAAAAAAGGAGGAAUAAACCAAAUAGAUAAAAAUAGAAGAUAAAACACACACUACCAAAAACCAUAAGAAAAACAUUAAAAAGGCAACAAAAUAAUAUUUUUUAAAAGAACAUAAAGCACGAACAAAAAAAAAAGAAACAACAGCAAAUAGAAAAACAUGAGAAAAAUAAAUACAUGAGAGGAAAAAUGAUAAACGUAAAAACAACAAGGCUAGUAAACAGCAGAACUAAAAAAAUAAAACAAUGAAAGUAUAAUAAACACGCAAUAAGCUCUCUAUUUUUUUUCUCUUUCUCUCUCACCUCUCACUUUUUCUGUCUGUUUUUUCUCUCUUGCUUUCUGUCUCUCAAUCUCUCAUUCUUUUUAGUUUUCCUCUCUCUUAUAAAAUUAGCUGCUUUUUAUUUUUCGAGCUCACAGCGGAAAGUUCGUUAUAUCUUUCGUUCGAGUAUCUUAAGGCUUUACAUCGACACACUUGAGUUAUUUAUUAUCGACUCAUUGAUGAUUAAUUUAUAGCGUUUAUUGUUUAUAAACUGUUUUGUGUUCAGGUGCUGAUCUAAUGUUUUUUUGUUUGUUUUUGUUUAUUUGGCAGCGAAAAAAAAAUAAGAAUAAAGAUUUUGGUUUACAUUUUUGAGAAGUGACUUUUUUUACUUUGUGUGUGUGUAGACGUGUUUAACUGUGUGUAACCUCUCGUCGCUGCCUGUCCUUAUGUGGCAUUUUGUUAUUUUUAUUCCAACGACACUGACAUGAGCGCCGAGUCUGCGGCCGCGACUCGAAUUAAAAAAAUAAAUAAAGAUUUUAAAACAAGUGA